AUGGGAGAUUUACUCAAAUUGCUAUUUGGAACUAUUAAUAUUUUAUUUCACUUUGUGUCUGCCGAAUUCGACAGUUAUGAAGUCAAGCAGCUUGAAAUCACUCCUAUAUACGAUAUUAUACUGUUCAACGACAUAGCUGAUGUAAUAAAGGACUUCGAUAAUGACUUGGCUUCACAGGCUCAACCUUCCAACGAGAGCGACAGCGAUGAAAAUAUCGAAGACCUAUUAAUGGAAUAUCAACAAUACUUAGAUAAAGCACACAAACAGGGCUUAGACUACUUACAAAAAGUUAGCACCAAAAAUAAAGUGCCACUGUUACGUAACGAGCGCUACACGAAAAAGAAUCCCAAGGCGAACUUUGAUGACUAUUAUAGACCAUUCGCUAAUUCGUAUCAGCAAAAACUGCUCGAUCUUACCUCAUAUAGAGCUGGUAAGAAGGGAUCAAAAUUGUCUUACACCACAUCGCGAUCUAAUACACAAACCGAUUUUACUCCUGAACUAGCGACGAAAUACGAUCAUAAAACAAAGUCAAAUAUACAGUCGGGAAUAAAGUCAUCUUGUUAUUGCAAAGCCAACGAAAUUCCGUGUAAUUGUGCAUGUAAACAAUGCAUCAUACAAUACGACUCUACAAAUAGUAAUUUAUAUCAGAAAGGACCACAGCUAUUUGAUAAUUUCCUUGAGCCGUUAUUGACAAUACCGAGAUACCAAAACAGUGAGGACGAUUUAAAAAUUCAGGUCAAAGUUGAUGUUAAGCUCCCAAAAAUCUUAGAGAGACUCGUUCAAGCCUUUAGCAAGAAAGAUAAUAGCUUUAUACAUCCAGCAGACGCAUUUCGUAGGGAAACGGCUAUGAGUUAUCUUGCACCGUUCCACGUUCCGAUUCCUAGAGAACUCUUCAGCUAUAAUGCAUAUAAUACAAUACCGCAGAUGUCAAAAUCUGUCCCCGUGCAAAAAAUUACUAUUCAUAGGAAGAAGAAAUCACGUAACAAUAAUAAUAAAAAACACAAAAAGACAACUCUUAAUAUCCCGGAAACUGUAGUAGAUAGAAAUACGACAGUCAAAUCGAACAUUAGCUCCAUUGUAACUAAUCAAAAUAGGACCGAAAUUCCUCUACUUGUUACAAAUAACGUAAAAGAUUCUUCAAAUAGCACAAUCGUGGAUAAUACCUUAAAGCAGGAUAAUAAUAAAUCAAAAGAGUUCAUUUAUUUAACACUUAACAUAUCGAGCGACAGCGAAAAUCAUACAGACGACGGCAGAUUGGAAAAUAGUAUUGAAACGGAAUACUUUAAAACAAAAGACAACUACUCAACAAUUGUAACAAACGUUCGUGAAAAGAGGGAAAUUAUAGCCACCAAUGAUAGCACAUCUGAGUCUUUGGAGCUUUCAGUCAAGCCUCUGAAGGUAGUGAAUGAAACUCACGAUAAAAAGUUUGAUAAGCUGCUCGAUGAUCCAGCUCUACUCUACUGGUCUGAAAACAAGGCACCGAUCCCUCGCAACAGCUCGAAAAAUAUUAACUCAGUGAUAGAAAAUAUCGAGAAACGAAAAAGCAAAUUCAACAUGAGCAGAGAGAAUAUACGUGUCAAUCAUUCAAUCGCUUUAGAGAAAGCUAUAUUUGGAGAUGUCGAUUGGAACGAUAUGGAUACAGUGGCGCCCGUGUUUAUGUCGUUCGUGGGCAAGUAUGUGCGUGGGGUUUUAACGUUUUGUUCGGAUACUGUAUGCCACUCCAUGAAAUGCGGCGAAAAAAGUUGCAUACAUAGGAAGUGUGAUCCAAUUAAUCGAUAUAACAAUCAGGGUCACUGUCUAGGAAGUAACGGCACCGAUAGUACAGCAAAAAUGGAGUCUAUAAUGAAUUUACCAUCGAAUUUAGCGUUCGAAAUCGUCGACAUCCUACAAGAUAAAAUGUUAGGCAAAAUGUAUGGAAAAAUGACAAUAUGCAUCUGUCUUAAAUGUUCGACAUUCGUCGCAUCAAAGAAAACAGUGGUUAAGUCAAAAUGCACUUCGAAAGAACUCAAUACAGCCAAUGAAUGUCCUAUCAACAAACAACAUUAA